AUGUCGGGAAGUCCGUACAACGUCACCGAUGAAAUCAUCCUCGGUGAGGCGGCGACCCUGACGAUCGAGCCGGGGGUUCGGCUGUUGUUCCCGGAGGGAGUCGGCAUGUCCGUGUGGGGACGGCUGAUAGCUAUCGGCACUCAAGAACACAGAAUCGUCUUCGACCGGAAGAGGAACCCACCCGACGACCAGGCGAAUAACGUGACACGUGACCACAACAUCCGGCUGCUGGGUCCAACCGUGUUUGAAGGACGUGUCCAGGUCCAGCGGGACGGAGAGUGGGGUUCUCUCUGUCAAUAUUACACUUGGCGCUGGGAGGGUUCGGAAGCUAAUGUGGUGUGUCGACAACUGGGGUUCGCAACAGGACGAGUGGAGAACAAGUACCGGCUUGGCAAAGGGCGCGUGGCUGUGUCCGACCUACAGUGUCUCGGCAAUGAGAACAACAUCUAUGAGUGCACCCACCACAAUUUUGACUUGCCACCUCAUCGGUGUCGCCAAGGCCAAAACCGCGGAGACCUCGGUGUGGUCUGUGAGGGACUGAACCAUAGAGAGAACGUCUAUUGGAAGGCACUAGACAUCCGUACUGCUGAUGCAGCCAUGAAGUCCACACUGAAAAACGUGGAUCUCUUCUACGCGGGAGGAGCGAAUCCAGAUGCAGAAAGAGCCGCCAUUAUCAGCUCAUCAGUUGCCCCUCUACUGCGCAACGUAAACAUCAAGUACUCUGGAGACGCAGCGAUUAGAAUCGAGAACUCAAAGACCCCUUUUCAAAUUAAGAAUUGUGACAUCUCAGAGAAUGACGGAAUCGGGCUGAUAGUCAAGAACCCUUCAGCAGACGUGACCAUUGUCUCCAGCAGCUUCAGUAAGAAUUUUCCAGCCGGGAUGCAGGUGACAGGAGGACAUAACAACUCGAACCUCCAGAUCACUGACGGCACGUUUGAACAGAACAGCGGUGCCGGUCUGAUGCUGUCUGACGUCCCGAUGAACGUGGACAUACGUCAGUCUAACUUCAGUACAAACUCCCAUCACGGACUCAGUGUGUUCACCACAACCCAAGUCAGCCUUGUGACUGACGGAUGUCACUUUGACAACAACGGUCUGGACGGUUUCCAUGCUCGAUAUCUCGGAGUGUCUGGUAACAGAAGUCACACAGUCUUGCACAAUGGCGUGGCAGAAGGUAACGAUGGAGAUGGAUUCAACCUAGACAUAGAAUACCAGGAGUACCAGAAUAUCACAUCACCACCAAUCUCCGACCAGAUCACCAUAGACCAAUCCAACUUCACCUCUAAUAAGAACGGCUCGGUCAAAAUAACCGUUGACAACUCUUACGAAGAUCGCUUUCCGGUCGUCCAACUGAGUGGCGGAGUCCAUCGAGACAACAUGGCGACAAUUAUCGAAGUCGGUGGGACGCGUGCGGUGGUUACAGUACAAGACGUUGAGUUUGACUCAAGCCAGUGCGGCAGUAAGCCGGUCAUCCAUGUACAUGGGUACGACAAAACCGUAAACAUAACAGGAGACAAGUUUGUCCGUAAUGUUUGUCGACGGGUGGUGCUAUUCAACACAACUGAUGUCUCUGCUGCCGCGAAUCCCCUUUUUGCGGAGAGCAGCAUUUUCGAAAACAAUGAGUAUGAACCUGAAUCAUUGGCACACAUUUCUGACCCCCUGAAUGAGUACUGCACCAUCGAGAUUGUGGGAUCGGGAGAUGAGCACACAAUCACCCAGAAUUCGUUCCUAAAUAGUCCAGAUGGUUUAGAGCUUUGCAGCAGUGACGAUUAUCAUCAAUUGGCUGUAACUCAGAUCAGAGCAGAAAAAAAUUGGUGGGGAACUACAGAUAUUGAUUCAAUAAGGGAGAAGAUAUUUGACAACAAUGAUUGGAACAGUGGAGGCCUAGUUAGGUUUUCCCCGUAUCUAAGCUCCCCAUUCGGCAAUCCUAUAGACAUUGUAGACACAGAAAACAUGACAGCCUCAUCUUUAGGCGGUCGUUUGAAUGGAACAUUGCGACUAACCUCCUCUGAUAGCCCCGUCACCCUGACACGGGACCUCACGAUCUUACCAGACUCUGUUCUCAUUGUUGACGCAGGAGUUGAGGUCCGUGUCCAUGAACGUGUAGGCAUCCUCAAUCUUGGGAAACUGCAGUUAGAAGGACUACCAUCAAGUCCUAUAACAUUUGAUGUCGUCCGUAAAACCGUGUCGAACCGAACAAUUCCAGUUCGGUUAACGGGGGGCACCAAUAGUGGGGAGGGGCGACUAGAAGUGCAGUACUCCGGGCAAUGGCUUUCUGUGUGCCAUGAUUGGUACAGCGAGUUCGCCACGAUCGCCUGUAAGCAGUUGGGGCUGGGUUCGUACAAGUCUGAAACUUACAGUUACGAUUCAUCAAUCAGAAAUUGGCUCACUAUCCGAUGUGAUGGAUCCGAAGACAACAUUGGAGAGUGCAGCUUAUAUCAUACAAGUAGAUGCGGGGGUAACUCGUACAGGUACCUGAGGUUAAUGUGUGACUCCACUGUCGGUUGGGGAGGCAUAGUCUCUCUCUCAAACCAAAAGUUUGAGCAACAUAAUAUCAAUCUUUUCCAUGUCGGACAUUUACAUGCACACAAGGCUUCUGGUCUGCUCAUACACGGCUCUUCGACAUCAAAAUUCGACAUCAACAACGUUGUCAUGGACCAGCUUGUCGGGACUUCGUCGGGAAUAGAGUAUGUAGAUCUGCAGCCUUCCCAACACGUCACCUUGCAAAAUAUAACGUUGGUCAAUUCUGGCUCAAAAGACGGUAAUGGAAUCCAUGUUAACAAUGUACAGUCCGCGCCAUGGUGGAAACUUGAAAGAAAUGUACAAGCUAUCCGUUUAUUUUCAGUGGAACCAAUGUGCAGAAGACCGACCCUUCUUUUGCUAAAGGAAGGGCAGCCACAGUGGAUCGUAAAUAGGGUCAGGAAGAGAGUAAGGCUUCGAUGUGUGAGAAACGUAAAGGCACCAGAAGGAUACCAUAUACGAGUCACGGUAACACAGGCUUACUUCAGCCAUCCACCGUCAAGGAACAGCCUCGCCAUCUAUGAGUCUCUUGCAUUAAACGAGACUAAUGAGAUAGCUACACUGCAUUGGGGCAAAGAGGUUUACCAAUUCAGAAACCCGCUUGUAUUCACAUCCGCUGGAUCUACGAUCACGUUAUUACUGCAGGCUUCAAGCUCACAGGAUGCAUCGUUUCUUGCAAAGUUUGAUGUUGUCAGGAAGGGUGAUGAUGUUUCCGGAUUAGAAACCCCAGCAUCGCUUGAUAUCAUCGACUUAACGACUAGGAACUUUCGAUAUGGUAUACAAGUAUCACAAGGUGUGACAAACAUACAUAUUGACAGAAGUACGCUGUCUUCUUGUGUUUAUGGGCUGUACGUAGUAGGAGAAGCUGAAGGAAACAUAUCUGUGGAGUCAACGGUGGUUAUUCAUAGCUCUGAAGGUAUCCACAUCUGGUCUCUACUCGGUAGUGUCACAUUGUCAAAUGUAUCAGUUGUUAAUAACGCUUACAGUGGGAUAUACAUGGAGAGCAUUUCUGGUACAGUAAACAUGAAUGGUAUUGUAUCUCAUUCCAACAAUGGCGUUGGGAUUGGUAUUUCUUAUAUUCUUAACGGCACGGUUGAUAUGAAAAAUAUCAUAUCCCAUUCCGACGAUGGCCGUGGAAUCUAUCUACAGAGCAUAGAAGAAAGAGCCUUACUUACUGAUGUAGUCGCUUUAGGCUAUGGGGCCUAUGGUGCAGGAAUAAACAUUAACCACUAUGGACAACACGCCAAGUACAUCAUGGUGAAUGUCACAUGUCAGGACAGCCAAGGAAAGGGUCUGAGCAUAAAUGUAUACUCUGAAGCAAGAGUGGAGAUACAUAACAGUCAUGUGCAAGGAAAUGACCAAGGAGGGAUCGUUGCACACUUCAAAAAUACUCAGUCCAGCCUGUUUUCUGCACUUAUCCUACACAACAGUGAGAUUAUCAGUAAUAAAAGGUUCGCUCUGUACGUGACGGGUAAAGAGACAUCACUUGACAUUGCUAAUAGCACAAUCUCCUAUAACAGCUGCCCCUAUCAACCAGCUGUUGGAUUUGAAGGAGAAACGAAUGAUGUCAAUGUUACAAACAAUCUCUUUGUCGGUAACAAUGCGCGAGAAACAUUGUCAAUUCUGUUCGAAGAUAACUUACAGGAGAACAUUAUCUUCAAUAUGGUUGGUAACGUGUUCCGUGACAAUAUUUACGACACUUCCCAAACUGACGGCAAUGUUCAGUACGGCCAGCACCCAGAUCUUACGUCAUGUACCGUUGAGAUCGGAGGCUACAAGUCCUACUAUUAUCUAAGGCACAACAUGCUGGACAACCCAGACAUGAACUACACCAUGUGCAGUAGGGUCUCCACAACUUCACCUGAUGAGCCGAUUGACGCCAGGUAUAACUGGUGGGGUACUGCGGCUGAAACAGAGAUUCAAGAAAAAAUUCAUGACUUUGACGACUGGAACGACCGCGCGGCUGUGGAAUACUUCCCCACUACCUCGACAGGACCUGACUUAUCCUCUCCACCUGCUGACUCUUCCAGCCGAGAUGUUACCAUGGCAACUGACAACAUCGGGGGGAGGCUGUAUCAUUCACUCCAUCUUCAAAAGGAUGGAGGUCCUUACACCUUUAAAGCAGAUUUAACUGUGUUAAAAAACGCAUCGCUUACCAUAGACCCGGGGUCUACUAUCAAGAUACACCCAUGUCUUGGUCUGUUGAAUCUAGGUUCCCUUGUUGCCCAUGGAACACGCACAGAGCCUAUCAAUUUUGAGCUUACGGAUGUACCCGUUCACCAACCCCAGGUCCGGCUGGUGGGAGGGUGGUUCCCUUGGGAAGGUCGUGUGGAGGUGUUCUAUAAUGGAGAAUGGGGGACGUGUAUGUGGGGAGGUACCCCUCGGGACUCACAAGAUGCAAAUGUUGUCUGUCGUGAGCUAGGAUACGGCCCAUCUACAGUGUAUAGCACGUACUCUUUUGGACAAGGAUCGGGACCUGUAUGGAUCGGUCGUUACAACAGUCGGCCAGACUGCACGGGGAAUGAGAUGAGUAUAUUCAACUGUCUUCGUGGCCCACCCGGUAAUGUGUACUCGGGUUGCACGCACCGUUACGAUGUUGGAAUAAGAUGCAAGAUGAACACUCAUGUAUCACCUAGGCCAACAUGUCGAAUGAAAAAAUGGGGAGGGAUCACAUCUAAAUAUGCAACCACGGAGGUCCUUACAAACUUGAAGUUCACCAACACAGGCAAUCUGCACGGGCGUUCACACGCAGCCAUAUCCAUUGAGGACAAGCAGGGCACUACAAACAUUUCUCACAUUGAAAUCUCUGAGUGCGUGGGUACUGGAAUACAACUACUAGCUAUAGGAGGCAAAACGACACAAAGUGUUAAAAAUGUGAAUAUCUCAGGUUGUAAUGGAUAUGCAGGUGUUUCUCUCACUGGCAGAAAGUCUAGAGUUUUGUUGUCAACAAAUAUACGUAUCACCGACAGUAUCUUUACAGCAGGGUCAUUUGAACUCACACCGCACACUCGGAGUAUUACAAACUGUUUGGCUAAUCCUGAAUCGAUCAUGAGGCUCUGUGCCGAGGAGCCUGAUCAGCAGCUUAACAAUGACAUGUGUUUUGUUCAGACAGGACGGACGGGCUCAACAUGUUAUAAACAUCUGUACGGAGGUGUGGGUUUCACGGUUGAACUCACGGUCUCAUUCGUUCAGUUUCAUUCCUACUCUUCGAGAUUACGGGUCUUUGCCGACAGAAGCCUAAGUCAACAGAUUGGACAGGUUACUCGAUCGGAUAACGGCAAAACGUACAUCCGGUUUGUCUCACAGACAAUGAUGAGUCUUCAGUACAUAAGUUACUACUGGGAUAGCAACGAGAUAUUCGGAGAGGUCAGUUUCUAUAAUGAGACAGAUGUUGCAGGUCCAUCUAAGUACAUCAUCGAGAACAGCAUGGUGGAUAACACCAAAGGCACAGUUAUCAACGUCACUGCGGCAAAUGGCGCAAUCUUUGAUAUCCAACGUAACGUGUUCUUGCAUAAUCAACCCCAUACUGAUGACAACGACCAAGCUGUGAUCAGAAGUGUUCUAGUCGACUCCAAUAUUAGCGUCAGGAACAACUACAUGGCUAACAACUUGAUAACAAGCCUAUCUAUCGACUUGACAAACCAGAAACGUGGAAACAUAACGGUUCUGGACAACCUUUUCUUCAGAAACACCGCCAAGACUACCAUAAUUGUGACAGGAGCCAGCUCAAGUUCGACACAACAACCCGUAUUGAUAGACAACAACGUCUUCUCAAGCAAUGAUGUCGGGAAGAAGUACACAUUGGUUGUCUCGGGCCGAGAUGUCCAACUGCACGGGAACGUCCUCACCAACCCGGCGAACGACGCUGAGCUGGCAACGUCGGACAGAACCAG